GCAAGCCUUUAAGAGCUUUAUCUCCUCCUCCUCUUUCGUUGCGACUCCUCUCCUAAUAAACUCUAGGGUUUAUCUUCUUCCAAGGGGUUUUCAAACCUCGAGCGUCUCUCUCUCAAUCUCAUCCUCCAGUUUAAGUUUCCAGAUGGCGGCGGCGUCACCUAAUAACUCUGUUCGGAUCGUUGUGAUUGGUGACAAGGGCACUGGAAAGUCCAGCUUGAUUGUCGCUGCAGCCACUGAUUCUUUCCCUCCCAAUGCCCCUCCUGUUUUGCCUGACACCAAGCUGCCUUUUCAGUUCUUCCCUGAUGGUAUACCCGUCACCCUUGUUGACACUUCCUCAAGGCCGGAAGAUAAGGGCAUGGUUGCGGAGGAGUUGAAGCUCGCAGAUGCAGUGGUUUUGACAUAUGACUGUGACCGACCUGAGACUCUCGAAGGUUUGAGUCUCAGGUGGCUUCCAGAGCUUCGUCUGUUAGAGGUAAAAGUUCCUAUAAUAGUAGCAGGCUGUAAGCUUGACGUCAGAGACGACAACAGCCCGGUCGUCCUCGAAGAAGUGAUGGCACCUAUAAUGCACCAGUUUCGGGAGAUUGAGACUUGUAUCGAGUGUUCUGCCCUGAAGCAACUCCAGGCACAAGAAGUUUUCUAUUAUGCACAAAAAACUGUCAUUCACCCAACAGCACCUCUGUUUGAUCAAGAAACCCAGACAUUGAAGCCACGGUGUGUAAGGGCCUUGAAGCGCAUCUUUAUACUCUGUGACCAUGAUAAAGAUGGUGCACUAAGCGAGGCUGAGUUAAAUGCAUUUCAGGUCAAGUGCUUCCAUGCGCCACUGCAGCCUUCUGAAGUCGAUGGUGUUAAGAGGGUUGUGCAAGAAAAGUUGCCAGAAGGUGUGAAUGAAGUAGGACUGACAUUGACUGGGUUCCUGUUUCUACAUGCACUUUUCAUUGAGAAAGGGAGGCUUGAGACAACAUGGACUGUGCUUAGGAAGUUCGGGUAUAACAAUGAUAUAAGACUCGCUGAUGAAUUGCUUCCACCUUCACUAUUCAAAAGAGCACCUGAUCAGAGUGUUGAGCUGCCAGAUGUAGCAAUCGAAUUCCUGAAAGGAAAGUAUAUGUUGUUUGAUGCGGAUGGGGAUAAUAAUCUGAGACCCCAAGAGAUCGAGGAUCUUUUUUCAACUGCUCCUGAAAGUCCCUGGAAGGAAGCUCCAUAUGAGGAUGCUGCAGAGAAAACUGCCCUUGGAGGACUAUCUUCUGACGCUUUCCUGUCAAUGUGGUCACUGAUGACGCUAUUAGAACCUGCUCGGAGUGUGGAACAUUUGAUUUACAUUGGAUUCCAGGGUGAUCCAUCGUCUGCCAUCCGUUUUACUAGGAAAAGGCUUUUAGAUCGCAAAAAGAAACAGUGUGAAAGAAAAGUUGUCCAGUGCUUUGUUUUUGGACCCAGUAGCGCUGGAAAAUCUGCAUUACUCAAUUACUUUCUUGGAAGGUCAUAUGCUGAUAACACGGAAUCAACCACUGACGAGCGUUAUGCAGUAAAUGUGGUCGAUGAAACUAAGAGUGCAAAGAAAACUCUUGUGAUGAGGGAAAUUCCAGCAGAUGGAGCUCAAGGGAUAUUUUCAUCGAAGGAGUCGUUGGCUGCAUGUGACAUAGCUGUCUUCGUUUAUGACAGUUCUGAUGAGUCGUCUUGGAAGAGAGCGAGUGAGUUGCUUGUAGAAGUUGCAAAUCACGGCCAGGCCACUGGAUAUGAGGUUCCCUGCCUUAUGGUUUCAGCGAAAGACGAUAUUGUAUCAUCCCAAAUUUCCAUACAAGAUUCCACCAGGGUGACACAAGAAAUGGGAAUAGAGCCUCCUGUAUCCAUCAGCUCGAAGUUGGGGGAUUUCAACAACCUAUUCUGCAAAAUCGUUACUGCAGCGCAACAUCCUCAUCUGAGUAUUCCAGAGACCGAAGCAGGAAAGAGCCGCAAACAUUACAACAGGCUAAUCAACCGAUCUCUUUUGUCUGUUUCAAUUGGAGCUGCUGCUGUGGUCGUUGGGCUGGCUGCAUACCGCGUGUAUGCCGCAAGAAAGAGCGCUUCUGCCUGAGAAGAUUGAGAAUGAAGAACUCAAUGUUUGAAGAAGAUAGCUAAUCUCUUGUUCUGAGUUUGUUUAACAUUCCCAAGUUUUAACAACCAGAGAGUACUGUUUUUUAGAGGAUUAAUGGAACUGGGUUUUGAAGUAAUAGUUGAUCUGUAGGAACACAAACAUUUAGGGAACAAAAAAAAGAAAGAACAUAUAGUCACAACAAUAGAGAUUGUGUUUGAGUUU